AGGAGAAACUGUUAUUUUCAAGUAGUCUGAUUUAAUUUUAAAAUAAAAAUUAAAAAUAUUAAUUUUUUGUUUAUACGUAUACUGUUCAAUGAAGAAUUUUAGGCAAUGUUGAGAUAGAAAAUAAAGAGAGAAAGAAAACUGUGAGAAGAAUUCAUAGUAUUUUAUUUCGCUUUUUAUUUCGCGCAUUUUAUUUAAGAGAUUAUUGUACGUCAUACCGUUUACCGUUGUAAUAUUAUUCGUGUGCAUUUAUUCAUCGGCCCGGUCGGUAAUUUUACCAAGACUGAGUCCAACAUGGCGUUUACGUUGUGGACACUUUUCGAAGCAACUCUGUUAUGUUUGAACGCAGUUUGUGUCCUGAACGAAGAGAGGUUUCUUGCCAAAGUUGGCUGGGCGUCAUGGCAAAAUAUACAAGGAUUCGGAGAACCUCCGACAGCUAAAUCACAGAUACUGAAUCUCAUCAAAUCUAUAAGAACUGUGAUGAGGGUUCCGCUGAUAUUCUUCAACAUCUUGACGUUGAUCGUGAAACUGGUGCUAGGGUGAUACGGGAUACAACAGUGUAAGUGUACAAAUGCAAUGUUGCGUGUAAGCGAAACUGUUGAAUGAUGUAUAUGGGAAACUUGUAUUAAAUUAUAUUAUUUUUACCUUUCAAAGAAAGCAUUAUCUUGCACUAUCACGUGCAAACCGUCUAUUUUGUACUAUAAUGUAUAAACGUCUUCUUGAAACAACGCAUCUUGUAAAAAUCUUA